AUGUCUAAGGGAACAGCAGUCGGCAUCGAUCUCGGGACCACCUACUCCUGCGUGGGUGUGUUCCAGCAUGGCAAAGUUGAAAUCAUUGCCAACGACCAGGGCAACAGGACCACUCCAAGCUACGUUGCCUUCACUGACUCUGAGAGGCUCAUCGGUGAUGCCGCCAAGAAUCAGGUUGCCAUGAACCCCUGCAACACAGUUUUCGGUAAGUUUGUUCUGCAAAGGUGGUUAUUGGUAAUGUCAACAAAGUUUGUAAAGGUGUGUGUGUUUUAAUUAUGGUUAACUUUGACUAUAUAACUUGGUUCACUUGCAUACAGUUGAUUCCUGACAUUCGUAGUUUCCACUAGAGGUUUUAUAACCAAAGAUGGUUCUAGUAUCUUCCUUGGAUGUCUGAGUGAGAAACCAAAGGUCAAUUGGUAUGAUUGAAGUAUGUCUAUAAUGCAAUCAUUUUAAUACUUUUUAUUUGUGUAUUCCAGAUGCUAAGCGUUUGAUUGGCAGAAGGUUUGAGGACACCGUGGUUCAGUCCGACAUGAAGCACUGGCCUUUCAACGUCAUCAGCGACAGCGGACGCCCCAAAGUGGAGGUUGAAUACAAAGGCGAGACCAAGAGCUUCUACCCCGAGGAAAUCUCCUCCAUGGUGUUGGUCAAGAUGAAGGAGAUUGCAGAGGCCUACCUCGGGAAGGUGAGUUUGAAAUGCAUUGCCCACUGGGCACAAACUGGUUAAAUCAACGUUGUUUCAACGUAAUUUGUCAAUGUAUUGUGAUGUGGCAUCUACGUGGAAAAACAUUGGAUUUGAAAGAAGUCAUCAACGUAAACUUUUGAGGGUGAAAUUUCAACCACAGGAUUAUGGUAACCAAUUUUCAAAUAGACAAACCUUGUAUAAAAUAUGUUGAAUUUGUACCUUUGAAACAAUUUCAGAUGUUCAACAUUAUAUCCACUAUCAGAAAUAAACAGUAGGCUGGGCAGCAUCUCCUACUGGAGAGUUAAUCUAUCUACAGUGCCAGUCAAAAGUUUGGACACCUACUCAUUCAAGGGUUUUUCUUUAUUUUCUACUAUUUUCUACAUUGUAGAAUAAUAGUGAAGACAUCAAAACUAUGAAAGAACACAUAUGGAAUCAUGUAGUAACCCAAAAAUUGUUAAACCAAUCAAAAUAUAUUUUAGAUUCUUCGAAGUAGCCACCCUUUGCCUUGAUGACAGCUUUGCACACACUUGGCAUUCUCUCAACCAGCUUAACCUGGAAUGCUUUUCCAACAGUCUUGAAGGAGUUCCCACAUAUGCUGAGCACUUGUUGGCUGCUUUUCCUUCACUCUGCAGUCCAACUCAUCCCAAACCAUCUCAAUUGGGUUGAGGUUGGGUGAUUGUGGAGGCCAGGUCAUCUGAUGCAGCACUCCAUCACUCUCCUUAUUGGUCAAAUAGCCCUUACACAGCCUGGAGGUGUGUUGGGUCAUUGUCCUGUUGAAAAACAAAUGAUAGUCCCACUAAGCGCAAACCAGAUGGGAUGGCGUAUCGCUGCAGAAUGCUGUGGUAGCCAUGCUGGUUAAUUGUGCCUUGAAUUCUAAAUAAAUCACAGACAGUGUCACCAGCAAAGCACCAUCACACCUCCUCCUCCAUGCUUCAUGGUGAGAACCACACAUGCAGAGAUCAUCCGUUCACCUACUCUGCGUCUUCCAAAGACACAGUGGUUGGAACCAAAAAUCUCCUAAUUUGGACUCAUCAGACCAAAGGACAGAUUUCCACUGGUCUAAUGUCCAUUGCUCGUGUUUCUUGGCCCAAGCAAGUCUCAUCUUCUUAUUGGUGUCCUUUAGUAGUGGUUUCUUUGCAGCAAUUCGACCAUGAAGGCCUGAUUCAUGCAGUCUCCUCUGAACAGUUGAUGUUGAGAUGUAUCUGUUACUUGAACUCUGUGAAGCAUUUAUUUGUGCUGCAAUCUGAGGUGCAGUUAAAGGCUGAUAACUCUAAUGAACUUAUCUUCUGCAGCAGAGGUACAGUUGAAGUCUGAAAUUUACAUACACUUACAAACAAUAGUACGCAAGUAUAAACACCAUGGGACCACGCAGCCGUCAUACCGCUCAGGAAGGAGAUGCGUUGUCUCCUAGAGAUGAACGUGCUUUGGCGCGAAAAGUGCAAAUCAAUCCCAGAACAACAGCAAAGGACCUUGUGAAGAUGCUGGAGGAAACAGGUACAAAAUUAUCUAUAUCCACAGUAAAACGAGUCCUAUAUCGACAUAACCUGAGAGGCCGCUCAGCAAGGAAGAAGCCACUGCUCCAAAACCGCCAUAAAAAAGCCAGACUACGGUUUGCAACUGCACAUGGGGACAAAGAUCGUACUUUUUUGAGAAAUGUCCUCUGGUCUGAUGAAACAAAAAUAGAACUGUUUGGCCAUAAUGACCAUCGUCAUGUUUGGAGGAAAAAGGUGGGGCUUGCAAGCCGAAGAACACCAUCCCAACCGUGAAGCACGGGGGUGACAGCAUCAUGCUAUGGGGGUGCUUUGCUGCAGGAGGGACUGGUGCACUUCACAAAAUAGAUGGCAUCAUGAGGAAGGACAAUUAUGUGGAUAUAUUGAAGCAACAUCUCAAGACAUCAGUCAGGAUGUUAAAGCUUGGUCGCAAAUGGGUCUUCCAAAUGGACAAGGACCCCAAGCAAACUUCCAAAGUUGUGGCAAAAUGGCUUAAGGACAACAAAGUCAAGGUAUUGGGGUGGACAUCGACAAAGCCCUGACCUCAAUCCUAUAGAAAAUGUGUGGGCAUAACUGAAAAAGCGUGUGCGAGCAAGGAGGCCUACGAACCUGACUCAGUUACACCAGCUCUGUCAGGAGGAAUGGGCCAAAAUUCACCCAACUUAUUGUGGGAAGCUUGUGGGAGGCUACCCAAAACGUUUGACCCAAGUUAAAGAAUUUAAAGGCAAUGCUACCAAAUACUAAUUGAGUGUAUGUAAACUUCUGACCCACUGGGAACGUGAUGAAAUAAAUAAAAGCUGAAAUAAAUAAUUCUCUCUACUAUUAUUCUGACAUUUCACAUUCUUAAAAUAAUGUGGUGAUCCUAAAUGACCUGAAACAGGGAAUUUUUACUAGGAUUAAAUGUCAGGAAUUGUGAAAAAGUGAGUUUAAAUGUAUUUGGCUAAGGUGUAUGUAAACUUCCGACUUCUUCAACUGUAACUCUGGGUCUUCCUUUCCUGUAGCGGUCCUCAUGAGAGCCAGUUUCAUCAUAGCGGUUGAUGGUUUUGCGACUGCACUUGAAGAAACUUUCAAAGUUCUUGACAUUUUCCAGAUUAACUGACCUUCAUGUCUUAAAGUAAUGAUGGACUGUUAACUUUUAACAAGGCACACCUGUUAAUUGAAAUGCAUUCCAGGUGACUACCUCAUGAAGCUGGUUGAGAGAAUGCCAAGAGUGUGCAAAGCUGUCAUCAGGGCAAAGGGUGACUGCUUUGAAGAAUCUUCUACAAUGUAGAAAAUAGUAAAAAUAAAGAAAAACCCUUGAAUGAGUAGGUGUGUCCAAACACUUGACUGGUACUGUGUAUAUAUACAGUAUAUAUAUAUUUGUUAUCAUUAAUACAUAUAAUUAAUAUGUUGGAUUCACGUCUCCAUCUCAACCAAAAAGAUAAAGAAUAGGACUAAAUCAAAUCAAACUUUAAAUGCAUUUUAAAUAAAGUGUGAUUUGAUUUAGUCCUAUUCCUUUACAAGCUGUAAUUAAAGCCAGACUGUCAGUGGCACAAAAUAUACAUCUCCUUCAAAUGUUGAUAUUUGGUUGCAUUGACAACCAAACACAAUUCAAUAUCACUUUUGCAAUACAGUAAAUAGCCUAUUAACUUGUCGACAAGUUAACAAAUGAUAUGUUGGAUUUCACGUCUCCAACUAAAUCAAAAAUACAAGUUAAAGAAUAGGAUUAAGCCAGUGGUUCAGAUGAAACUAUCCAAGCAUUAUAUAUCUCUUUUAAAUGUUGAUAUUUGGUUGCGUUGUCAACCAAACACAAUUCAAUAUUACUUUUGUAAUACAGUAAAUAGCUAAAAGUUAAGGCUAUUUUACAAAGUAAUAUAACAGUAUUUAUUCAACCUUAAAUGAGUAACACAUCCAUGGCCACAUUUUGAGGUUACUGUAACUGUAAAUGUCUUCUUAUGUAAUCAUAGAAAGUGUGCAUGUUCAACAUAGCAUGCAAAGGUUGCAGGUCUGUGGAAAUCUUUAUAAUUGCUAUAAUAAUCUGCGCAGAAUCUCGAUCAGCAUUGAUCACUUGUAAUCUCAAUUGCAAUCCAGGUAAUUUGGUUGUGCUAUUAUAUGAAGCAUAGUGAUAACACAUUUUAAGUUGUUGUAUAAAUACAAAAUAUAUGACAUUGUGUUCCCAUUUGAACUUUUAAAUGGUUGAAAGCGCAGUGAUGAAACAUUUAGAUGACAACUAAACUAAAAAUCAUACAUUGUUUUUCUAUUGGAAUUUGGUUAUGCUUUACGGCUGUUUACACAGGCAUACCAAUUCUGGUAUUCUUUCACUAAUUUGACUUUUGACCAAAAUAUCUGAUGUUAAAAGAUCUGAUGUGAUUGGUCAAAAGACCAAUUAGUGAAAAAAUAUCCAAAUUGGGCUGCCUGUGUAAACGCAGCCUUAGAUGGUUGAAAGCAUAGUGAUAACACAUUGGGAUUUCAACAAACUUCUGGCUGUCGUUUUUGAGUGGGUGAAUAAAGGUUGAAAUCUCAUUGAUCGACAUCUCAUCCAAAUAUUACCAACAUUUCAACGUUGAAAUGAUGUGGUGUGCCCAGUGGGUGCAGUCUAUUUCAGAGUAUUAUUUACAGUAAGUCUAUUCAUUCCCACCUUAAUUUUUUUUCACCCUCUUUUAAUGCAGACGGUAUCAAAUGCUGUUGUAACAGUGCCAGCUUACUUCAAUGACUCUCAGCGCCAAGCAACCAAAGAUGCUGGAACAAUCUCUGGUCUGAACGUUCUGCGAAUAAUCAAUGAGCCAACUGCUGCCGCUAUUGCUUAUGGCUUGGACAAGAAGGUGAGACCCAUAUAUUUUAGAGGUCAGGUGAAGGUCUAGUUAUGGUUUAUUGAAAUAAUAAUUAUCCUUUAAAAUAAUUUGUGUUAUUUUCAAUUAGAAUUGAUGGGGACAAACUAGAUUUAAUGCGCUAUGAUGAAGUUUAUUCCUACCAUUCAUAGUUUCCACCAGAGGUUGAAAAACCAAAGAUGGCCCAACACCUUCCUUGGAUGUCGGAGUGAAUACAUCAAGGCUAGGGUCAAUACGAAUUGAAGGCAGUCAAUUCAGGAAGUGAUUUUCAUUUAAAAUUCAAAAAUGGAAACUUUUGCAAUAAAUAGAUUCUACUCCUCAGUCAUUGAAAAUAGAUGACUUUUUUUGGUUUAAUUGUUAUUGAAGUUUUAAAUGACCCCAGCACUGGAAUGCAUAGUCAUGUGUCAUAUGGUUUCUAGUUUGUUUUUAUAAAUUCAAAUACUGAACAUUCUCUUCUGUUUCAGGUCGGUGCUGAAAGGAACGUCCUUAUCUUUGAUCUGGGUGGUGGCACCUUUGACGUGUCCAUCCUGACCAUCGAGGAUGGCAUCUUUGAGGUCAAGUCCACUGCUGGAGACACCCAUCUGGGUGGAGAAGACUUUGACAACCGCAUGGUCAACCACUUCAUCGCAGAGUUCAAGCGCAAGUACAAGAAAGACAUCAGCGACAACAAGAGGGCUGUUCGCCGUCUCCGCACCGCCUGUGAGAGGGCAAAGCGCACCCUGUCCUCCAGCACCCAGGCCAGCAUCGAGAUCGACUCUUUGUACGAGGGAAUCGACUUCUACACCUCCAUCACCCGGGCUCGCUUUGAGGAACUCAACGCAGACCUUUUCCGUGGCACCCUGGACCCAGUGGAGAAGUCCCUCCGCGACGCCAAGAUGGACAAAGCCCAGGUACACGACAUCGUUCUGGUCGGAGGCUCCACUCGUAUCCCCAAGAUCCAGAAACUGCUCCAAGAUUUCUUCAAUGGCAAAGAGCUCAACAAGAGCAUCAACCCCGACGAGGCUGUGGCCUAUGGCGCAGGUGGGUCACUGAUCAGCUUGUGUUCGCUCUGUGGCCAAUGUGCUGCUAUAACUAGCCCUAACUCAAUAGUUUCGCUGUGAUGAAGUUUUUUUCUGCCAUUCGUAGUUUCCACCAGAGGUCAAAAGACCAAAGAUGGCCCAAAACCUUCCUUGGAUGUCUGAGCGACAAUGGCACUGUGAGUCUAAAGUAAUGUUUUUCCAUGUGUCUAACCUCUCCAUUCUCAUUUUCAGCUGUCCAGGCAGCCAUACUCUCAGGUGACAAGUCUGAGAAUGUCCAGGACCUGCUUCUGCUGGACGUCACACCCCUGUCCCUGGGUAUUGAGACCGCUGGAGGUGUCAUGACCAUCCUGAUCAAACGUAACACCACCAUCCCAACUAAGCAAACCCAGACCUUCACCACCUACUCAGACAACCAGCCUGGUGUGCUCAUUCAGGUGAGAAAGGGCAUGCAUGAAAUGUCCAUUUCAGGGCAAUGUUUCAUCUGCCACUCUCUGUGAUGAAGUUUACUCCUGCUAUUUGUAGUUUCUACCAGAGGUUGAAAGACCAAAGAUGGCCCAAUACUUUCCUUGGAUGUCUGAGCGACUAUUUAGUGAAAUGUACUUCUCAUUUGAAGACCAUGUAUGUUUUGCUAAUAUUGACUGUAUCCUCCAGGUGUACGAGGGUGAGAGGGCCAUGACCAAGGACAACAACCUGUUGGGCAAGUUUGAGCUGACUGGAAUCCCCCCUGCACCUCGCGGUGUUCCUCAGAUUGAGGUCACCUUCGACAUUGACGCAAACGGCAUCCUCAAUGUCUCUGCCGUUGAUAAGAGCACUGGCAAGGAGAAUAAGAUCACCAUCACCAACGACAAAGGUAAACAACAGAAUAAAAUGUGACCAAAGUGAAAUUUGAUUACAUUAUGCCCACUUGGAUAGUGAGUGUAUCCUUAACUUAACACUGUUUUUUUUUUUUUGUCUGACUAGGUCGUCUGAGUAAGGAGGACAUUGAGCGCAUGGUCCAGGAGGCUGAGAAGUACAAGUGUGAGGAUGAUGUGCAGCGUGACAAGGUCUCCUCUAAGAACUCACUAGAGUCCUACUCUUUCAACAUGAAAUCCACCGUGGAGGACGAGAAACUGCAGGGCAAGAUCAGCGAAGAGGACAAGACCAAGAUUCUGGACAAGUGCAAUGAGAUCAUUGCCUGGCUGGAUAAGAACCAGGUACAGAAUAUUGAUGUGCCCAUCAUUCAUUUAAAACCAAGUUAUUAGCCUCCUGUAGCUCAGUCGAUAGAACAUGGUGCUUGCAACGCCAGGGUUGUGGGUUCGAUUCCCACGGGGGGCCAGUAUGAAAAAUGUAUGCACUCACUAACUGUAAGUCGCUCUGGAUAAGAGCGUCUGCUAAAUGACUAAAAUGUAAAUGUAAAAUGUAAAUUAGCCAUAACGUGUCAAGAAGGGAAAGAAAUCAAUCAAUCUUAACCUGUAUAUUUUUGUUUCCCAGACUGCGGAGAAGGAAGAGUAUGAGCACCAGCAACAGGAGCUGGAGAAGGUGUGCAACCCCAUCAUCACCAAGCUGUACCAGAGUGCCGGUGGUAUGCCAGGUGGUAUGCCCGGUGGAAUGCCCGGAGGCUUCCCAGGUGCUGGCGGUGCCGGUGCUGCUCCUGGAGGUGGUGGAUCCUCAGGCCCCACCAUCGAGGAAGUCGAUUAA